AUGAACGGUUCUGGCCACCACUCGUCUCGUCGAUCGACGCUUGCUAGUCGACCUGCCGAUCUUAGGGACUCUAGAUUGAGUACAAUCGGAGGAGAUGGCGGUUUCAUGGGCCGGACUCCACAAACCGUAAGGAAUAUGCCUAGCAGUGUUAGAAGGAACUCUGUUUUUGCAUCCACCGGACGAUCACGACCCUCUAUGGCCCCUGGAAUGUAUACAAAUCUCCCUCUAAGAGAUCCUCGACCGAUUCGGGACAAAGGUUUUCAGGCUCAUUGUAUGAGGAAUGUCAAUGAAUUCCUUGUAUCAGCUCGAUAUCCAGCUCCUAUCACCUCAAAAACUCUAGUUUCUCCAACCGCCAAAGAAUUUCAGUUAAUCUUCCGAUUUCUCAUUGAUACCCUCGUCGAUCAUGGAACGGGAUGGAGCAAGAAGUUCGAGGACGAUGCUUUGAUGAUACUCAAAGAUCUGAAAUACCCUGGUAUGGACACCGUCAGCAAAACUGCCUUCACUGCACCAGGUGCUCCCCAAUCUUGGUUCGGGAUGUUAGGCAUGUUGAAUUGGCUUGUUGAACUAUGCAAGGCGCAUGAAAAUUGGAACGACGGUCAUUGCAUCUCAGAUCCAAUCUUGUUAGCGCCUCAUCUACUACCCUUGGAUCACCCUCAUCUGGAAGACCGUCUACUGUGGGACUUCGCUUCCAAAACGUAUGAUCAAUGGUUCGAUGGUGGUGCUGAGGAGUUUCCCGAAGCUGAACAUGAGUUGGAGUUGAUGUAUGAUCGAAUGUCAAUAACGGCGGUCAAGGAAAUUGAUAAGUUGGAAGCGACGUUCACGAAACGUAACCUUGAACUGCAACAAUUACAUGCGCAAGAGCCACCUUUGAAGAAACUUGAAGAUGAGUAUCUCCAGCUUAUGGAAGACAAGACCAAAUUCAUUGCCUUCAUCGAGCUCAAUAAGCAAAAGGCCGAGAAGACAAGACAAGCUAUCCUGAAGAUUCGAGAAGCAAUAUCUGGUCAAAAUCAAGACUUGGCUGGUCUACGUUCGGAGCUCUCUUCCAUUGAGACAGCCGUAGCUGCUCAGAACCUAAGUCCAGACGAAGUCAACCGCAUGAACCACGAACGAGAAUCUUUAAGUCGCGGCCUCGAUGACCUACGUGCUAAAAUCGUGGAAGCAAGUCAAAUGGCUUAUGACCAGGAGAUGAUGGUAACGAAGUCAAUGGACAGAUUCGAGACUCUUCUUGCCGACUACACGGCUUUCUGUCAUCAGCUUGGUCUUUUGACCCGUUCAGCCGAUAUCAUCUUCAGAGACAAUGCAGAAUUCGACUACAAAAUCGAAGUCGAUUUAGGUGUGGAAGACCUGGAUGACUUGAGGACCUCUGGCUAUCAUAUGCGUACAACAAUAUUACAAGGCUUACAAAGCCUGCGUGAGCGACACCGACAGGAGCUUAUCGAUCUAAGCGACAACAGGAUCGCUAUGGAAGAUUAUUGUGAUAGAUUGGGACAACAAGUAGCGGGUCAGAUGGAAGCGGCCAGAACUUUGGAAGUCAAACUUAAGAUGAUAAACGACCAAGCAGAGCUGGCCCAGAAUAAAAUGAAUGCGGAAAAUACGGUGACCAACAAGACCAUAUUUAAGCUGGAGAAUGAUGUCACGGCCAUGAUGGCUGCCACUCAGCAAGGAGUCUUGGUAUCUCAAUCGCAACUCGAAAGCACAAGAAUAGCCUACACCGAGCUUCGUCAUAAAGCGACGAUACUCCAAGAUAGUCUAGUAGCGCAGAUUGGAAGUCACAUUGAUGUCAUCAUCAAAGCCAAGGAGCAUAGUGCUAAUAGUCUUAGGAGUAUCAAAGCUUUAGCUGAAACUCAAUGA